GCAAUUUUAUGGGAGGCCUGAUUUGCAGCGGGCAGGAUUUUGGCGGGCAAAAAUCGGAGGCUAGUUUAAUUUCGCCCGUUUUAAACGUUUUUAAUUUUCGAGGUCAGUGCUAAACUGGACCAACGCGAUUACGUCAUCCGCCAAAUACCGCCGAGCAACAAUAACCACAGGCUCGUCCGAGCAAACAUGGUAGAAAUUUAAGUUGGAACGUUUUGAAAUUGGAAGCAAAAUAUCAAAACUUUUCAUCGUUUUUCUCCUUUUAAAACCACGUGAAAAUAUUUAAUAGAAGAAUGGCUAAACUGGUGCGGGUUUGUCGCAACACCGAGGACGAAGAGAGCUUGGAUAAUUACCAAAUGCCGCUAGUAAUAGACGGGGAUUUGAAAGUAUGUCGAAUCUUCAGUUUUAUAUAUGAAUAUUUACUAGGUUUUGUAGCGCUUUUACCCGCUGUAUUUCACAUGCUUGACAAAGCAGGAAUGUUUGCCUUAAAAUAUACAAAUUAUUUAGUAAUUUUUAGUCCUUUACCUCCCGUUAGUACGACGAGUUUAGUGGUAAAAUAUAUUGCUUUUUGAUAUUUUGUCGGUCAUAUUUUAUAUACUAGACUAUUAUCUUAUUUAAUACUGCGCAGUGUAAUAAGUUAAUACUAAUAGUAUUAAUGCUUUCAAAUAUUACAGUACAUAAUGUUAUUAGGUAGUUUUUUUAGUAGAAACCAUUGCUUUAUACACAAGUUUUAAUAAUUUUUCAUCCCUCCCAUCAAAAUUAUUAGUUUCAAUAUUUGAAAAUUAUUGCAGUCAUUCCUGUGACUUUAAAAACAAAUAAAUGUCAAAACCUGUUGGAAUUUAUUGGUUACAUUCGAUGCACUCUACGUCGGGAAUCUCUGGUGUUAGGUUACAAAUUUUGUUAACAUAUUGGCGAAAGAUUACUCAUUAUCUGUUUGGGUAUAUUACCAUUUGUAUUCAAGCAUUGCCCCACGCCACGAUAAAUAGUUGUUUCAGAGUUUCGCAACCAACGUUAUGAUUGGACAACUUUAUGUGUCGCAUGUCAAAAUAACGAUGACUUUGUGUUUCACAACGGUCACUUUCUCUUUCGUGUUGAGGCAAUACAAUAACAAACCGAAUUAAAAUUACAAGGAUUAAUAUUUUGGCCAUCGUUUGACAAAUUAAAGGUAUUUUUGAACAGGAUACAUUUUGAUCAUACAAUGAAACAAAAAUACUCAAAAGUUCCAGAGGAAUUUACAACAAUAUAUAAACAUAUUGAACAGAAAAUGAUGUCAUCACAAAAUUUUGACUUGUGAAAUGUAAAGUUGUCCAAUCACAACGUUGGUGCAAAACUCGGAAACAAGUUAUGUGAAUGCAAAUGGUAAUAUUGGCAUGAGAUUACUUUACAGUCUUAUUGUCGAUUUCAUGUCUCUUUUCAGCAUGUGGGUCCCAAGUUUGUUACGAACUUGCAAAUUAUGUUUACAAGUUUCAGUAAUUACAUGCCAACUUCACAGAAAAGUUCCCAAGUUCAUUCCAAUGUUUGAACCUCUAUUUUAAACAAAUGCUUAUAGUCCAAGUUAAAUUACUGUAUUAACAAUUCAAUGGAAAGUUCUUGGUCCAGUAGUCUACCAAGAAAGUUUGUAUUUCAUUGAAUUGGUUAUUGUUAUUGAGUAUGAACAUUUGUUUACAAACGAAGUUCCAACAUUGAAAUGAACUUGCCAACUUUGUGACAAUAUCACAUCCAAUUUUCGAAAUUGGAAAUGUAAGGCCCAAAAAAAAAUACCUGUGGUUUGAUAUCGUGAAAAAAUUAGGGUCGGUAGGUCGGAAAUAAUUUUAAAAAAAAUUUUUUCAUGGUUUUGGCGGUUUUUUGCUUGGCGAUUUGUAGCAGAGUUCCGACAUCAGUAUUAACUAGAGAUGCGUAUUUCCUAUGGCGAAUUUAGGUAAUUUCGUUCAAUACUUAGUGUGACAACAGGCGCCAUUUUUGCAUGCUGUAUGAGCAGCCCACAACCACCCGGAGAAAAUAGGGUUGUGUGACGGUCAAUCAUGUUGAAAAAAUGAUAGGGUCAGCAAAAAAAUAGGGUCGGUCAGGAACCGGAACCACAGGUAUUUUUUCUUAGGCCUAAUUGGCAAAUUUGUGACAAACUUGGGAUCGAUGUUUUGAAAAGUGACUUGAAUUCAACAAUAAAAGCACACAAGAUUUUUUUACCUGAAAUAUUUUACCUGCCAUGUAUACUGUACUGUAGGUGUUGUAAAUUUUGCAAAUUUUAUUAAUUUAUGUAGAUGAUCAUGGAAAUUCCUUCAAAUGAAAUACUAUCUUUGGAUGAGUAUUUGGACUGUGGAAGUUACAGUGAUUUUUUUAAAGUAAGUAUAAUGGCGAGCCCCCCCCCCCCAAUAAUUUUGAAAGACUGUAAAAAUCUUGUACCAAAUAACACAAAUCAUACUCAUAUAACGUAAUUGUGUCAUCAUAAUAUAAUAAUAUAUGUUUCUGUACUCAUUUUCUCACUCCAGUACAGCAUAGGCAUCAAUACAUUUGAGGUUGAUGGCCCGUCAGAUUCACUGCAUAAUGCUGUAGUGAAACCCAAGAAUUGAGUAAAUGACGUCACAUGGUUAGAAACAAAUUGAAAUAUCUCAAUAACUAAGCAUGGGAACAAAAAUCUUCAAAACAAGUUACUAUACAGUUUUAAAAACAUUUUUGUUUAAAGUGCCUAUGACACAAAAUUUCACCCCAAAGGUUUAUGGUUGUAAAGAUCACUUAAAAUGACUUAAUAAUUUCUUUUAUAGAAUUUUGGUAACUUGCUCCCUUUUCAAGAUAUUCAACUUUGUUUCAUAUGCAAAUAUCACCAGUGUGACAUCACAUCACAUAAUGAGUUUGCAGAAAAGUAUACAUAUCUAAAAAUUGCCCUUGUAUAUGUAUUAGUUUCAUAACUGGUAAUUAACCCUCUGUAUUUGUUUGUAAACAUAUUUUAUCAAGGUAAAAUAUUGCGUUUUCAAAAUGUCAUUAUGCGAUGUGAUGUCACACCGGUGAUAUUUGCAUAUGAAACAAAGUUGAAUAUCUUGCAAAGGAAGCAAGUUACCAAAAUUCUAUAAAAGAAAUUAUUAAGUCAUUUUAAGUGAUCUUUACAAUGCAAUAAAAACAUUUGGGAUGAAAUUUCGUGUCAUGACAGUGCCACUUUAAAUUUUGAAGACUUUGAAUUUAUAAAGUCAAAAUAUAGCCGUAAACAAUAUGUUAAUUGUAUCAAAUUUCAUCAUCAUUCUACUUUUACUGUAUAUUUCUACAGACAUACGAAAAGAUGAAUGUUGAUGAGCUAGCAGUGUCAUGUAAGGUGACGCACAAUGAAGUCUUGUCAUUUCUCUCUCAAGCUGUUCCCUGUGUUGGGUGUCGACAAAGGUAACGUAGCUUCUACUAGACAGCCAGAAUGGGCCAGAAAAGAUCCAUAUACUCCCCCCAGAGAGUACAUCUUACUUCUGGUAGUAGUAAAAUUGAUGUACAAUACAUAGGAUGUCCAAAGGGGGUACAGUGGUUAACUUUCAAUAUUAUCUGCAGGGGUGGAAAAAAUAGGCAAGCACGAUAUCGCUGCUCACAGGAAAUGUUAAACAGCUGCAGGAAAUUUGUUUGAAUGAAGAUUUGCUAUUGAAAAUUUGAAGGAAACCUUAACACCCAUGUCCCACUAUGGGCACAACAACGUAUGGUUGACUAUAUGUUUAUGCACUGAUCUCAGCCGUGAGGACCCUUGGAGUGGCGGAGAAACAGUCUGCGAUCAAUCAACACUAUUAAAUGCCGUAUUAAACGUUUCUCCGCCGCGCCAGGGGGGGGGGGGUCAGCUGAGAUCAGUCUGCUAUCGCAGACUAUAAAAAUCCAUGUGAUAUAUAAAUAUUUCUGUGUCCAUUAUAGCGUUGAAAAGCUUUACAAUCACAUCAAGAAAACAAGUCAGCCUGCUCUACAACCACUGAUUAUAACACAGUCCGGAGGUAAUCUUUGAGUUCUAAUUAAACAGCAACAAUGUGCUUUACUUCACCCUCAUCAGCUGUCUGAUGCUGUGUUCCCUGGAACUAGGUUAUUCUUAUAACCAGAUAGACGUUUUUGUCUUUUUGACACAUCAAUAAAGUUCCUAACUAACUAUUUUACUUAGGGCUUUAUACAGGCAGCUGUCUGUGGAUGGUCACUUUUGAAUUUAGACAGCCAUUUUUAAUGGACAGCCAUGGAGGACUUAUGAAAAUCCAACUCCAUGUUUUUGAUAUUUCUUGAACACCUCAAACGUUUGUGACGUUGUCUCGAUAUUUCUUGAAUAUCUCAAAAGUCUGUGAGUGUUUCCACACUGGAUAAGCUGAAAAGUUUGCUUGACCGCUGUGGGAAUCGAACCCGCGGCCUUUGGUUGCUAGUCCAAUGCUCUUCCAACUGAUAUCGAAAGAACCAGAUUGAGAAUCCGACUUGAUCUUGUAGCUCAGUUGGUAGAGCAUUGGACUAGCAAAUCAAAGGUCGUGGGUUCAAUUCCCACCUUGGUCAAGCAGCCUUUUUGCUUGCCCGGUGUGGAAACACUCAGAGACAACAUCACAAACAUAUAUCUUCACAUAGUGCAUAAUACCAGAAACAAAUAAAAAGCUCGAAAGUUGUCUGUUGCUAUUUACUUUAUACAUUGCUUACGUCAUAUGACAAUUGAUUUCAUGCACCAUGCACGGCUCAAAGUAGAGAAAAAAUAUGGCCUGCCAAUCUAAAAUCAGGGCUUCAAAUUUGUGGUAUCCCGAUAUCCUGGCGAUACCAGAUUUUAAAUUUGGAUACUGGAAAUCACAAGUUCAGUAUCCUGACAGAUACUGAAAAAAAUUCUGUUAUUUAUUAAAGUGAUCGGCUGAAGUUAAUUACCAUAUCAACGCAAACAUUUCAUGCCACGCUGUCAAUUAAAAUAGCUCGUCUUCAUGCACUCAUAUUCAAAAUUUGUUGGUAAAAUGGUAAGAUACAUUAUACGAACCGAGCGAACAAACAAAUCUACUGAGACACAGCAAAUAUUAAGUGAUGAACAAGUUGAAGAAAGACCACGUAUUAAGUAAAUUAUCAAGUGAACGAAAAAUGUUUUGCAAAUGUGGGAUACUAGAUUUUUUGGGUGGAUACCAGAUUUUUUGGGUGGAUACCAGAUUUUAAGUUGCUAGUAUCCUGUUGGAUACUGCUGAUAAAUUCAAAUUUGAAGCCCUGAAAAUUUUUUUGCAGGUGAAAUAAAUUUUAGCCUGCCAUUUUUAUUCAUUGAACUGCCAAAAUGGCGAUGUCUCAUACGAGUCUUAUUGUAAAAAUCAAUGUUUUCAUGAUAUGCAUUUUUAUUGUUUUAAACUUGUUUAUUUUACUACUGCAGUAAACUUGGAUUUGCAUUUAAAAUAUAAACGUAUUUAGUCAACUAAAUGAUCUAGUAUAUAUGAGUUGUGGUAAGCAAAUGAAAUGAAAUAUAUAUAUAGAAUUUCACCUGCCUUUUUUUUACUUUGGCAGUUCAAAUUUUUUUUUGCAUGCCAUUUAUAAAAUAUGGCUUGCUUUGGCUAUUGGCAGCCCGCUAUUUCGAGCCCUGGCUGGCACCAUGUUUUUGUCACCAAGCCCACGAAAAUAGGUUGGCACACCCCAUGACCCCAGCCAGGCUCUCUACGUUUUAUGGUCGUUUCGUCCCCUCUCCGUUUCGUCCCCUCUCCGUUUCGUCCCCUCUCCGUUUCGUCCCCUCUCCGUUUCGUCCCCUCUCCGUUUCGUCCCCUCUCCGUUUCGUCCCCUCUCCGUUUCGUCCCCUUUACGUUUCGUCCCCUUUACGUUUCGUCCCCUUUACGUUUCGUCCCCUUUACGUUUCGUCCCCACACUAGAUGCCGUUUUAUCUAUAAACCACUUUAUAUUACUUUUUCUAUGAACUAUAUAUACAUAAGAUAUAUUUAUAUUUGUUUCUACUUUGAUCACUCAUAAUUUUGUCAUCAUGUCACUAUUAUAAACAAUACGAUGACCAAAUCGAAACGGUCCCACGUGUAUUAUCCAGGCAUACAAUCCACCGAGAUACAAUCUCAUAAAACAGAAUUAUCCUCAAUACAAGAAAGUGUUGCAUCCAUAACAGAAUCAAAAAGCUUGCAGUCACUGAGUCAUGCAGUGUAUAUAUAUAUAACAAUGAAAAUAUAUGGAUAACUUCUAUAAAUGACAAAGCUGACUUCAUGAUGACAAAAUUAUGAGUGAUCAAAGUAGAAACAAAAAUAAAUAUAUGUUAUGAAAAAGUAAGAUAAAUAGUUUAUAAAGAAAAUGGUAUCUAGUUUGGGGACGAAACCUAAAGGAGGCAAAACGGCAAGGGACGAAACGACCAUCUACCCUCUCUACUCCCGCUUCCCUCCCAAAUGGAGCGUGUUUGGGGGGGAGGGGGGAAGCGGAACUAGAGAGCCCGGCUUGCGAGGUUGCAAUGACCCCAGUAUUUUAUGGACGGCCAAUUUUGUCACCCUGGCAAAAUGCUUGCCUGGCAUUCAGUGUGUUAAUUGUAGCAUAUUGAUGUUUUGUGUAGUAUUGACAAUAGACCCAUCAGUAUUGAAAGAUCCAUUUUUGCUGCACACAUUUUUGUAUUAUCGUGGGUAAGUAUUUUAAGAAAUAACUGUAUUGCAGAUUGGAAUUUACUGACACCAAAAACCAAAAUAUGGUUUUCUAUUGAAUAUUAUAUAAUAACGUUAAGAAUUCAAGCACUUUCAUUGGUCGAGAGCCAUGAUCUAUUAGAGAACAGACGUACGAAAUGACGUCACACAAAACCUUAUCCAAUAGCAUUCCCUUAUUUGUAUAGAUCGUGUACGCGUGAUAUUUGUAAAAUUUCGACUUUUUCAGAUUUCCAAAUGUUUGGGUGGAUAAAAAGUAAUCUAUUUACCUGUUUACACCCGUUUUCAAAAUUACGCGACCAAGGACAAAAAUGUCAGUUUUAUGUCAUUCGGUCACGAAGUUUAAACUUUGAGUUUUGCGGUUCCUUGUCGAUGUAUAUGCUUUGUAUGCUUUAUACUAGGAGUUACUAUCGCAAGGAAAGUGCUGCCUCACCCCCAAGGGAUCAAAGGCAGCAUGCAGAAUUUGCUGAAUAAGGGUCUGUUUAUAUUAUCCUGCUUUGCCGUAUUACUUGUAAAAUAAAUUACUGUGCACGAUUCAACAAAAAACUACAUAAUUAACUGUAAACUAAAGGUUGUUCAAGGAGCAAUAAUAGUCUUUUUGAACUACAACAUUUGAAUUCUGUUGACUUAUUUCAAUACAUUAAAAUCACCCCGCCUUCCAAUAUUUACAGUAAACAACCCCUACGACACCUGUUCAUGAGGUAGGAAAAGUGCAACUUGAAUAUCAAACACCUUUCACAAAGUCAAAAGUCAGCUAAAUAUUCUAUUUCUACUUUCUUGGCAUUGGGCAUGCAGUUUUAUAUGAAUACCUUCAAUGCUUAUAAUUUCUUGUUUUUGUAUAUACAAUUACAAUACUGUCUGUGGCAAAGCUAGCCAUGCCAAAAGGUCAUAAACUAUGCAAAUUUUUAAUUAUUUGCAUUAUUCAAAUAUGCAGGUUUAUAAUAUACCAGUUGCCAUGGCUAGCUAGCCACUGAAUACUGUAUAAUAUCAUAUACACAGUGUCUCAAAAAAAAGUGAACCCUUUCAAAUUUAACAGCUCUAAUUGCUUUGAAUUAAUGAUUGGGUAAGAACACAAGGUCUUGUACUCAUGGGACAAAACUCAAAGAAAUAAAAAUUAGAAAAUUUAAAAGAAAUACAGUAUACCUUGUGUUCUUACCCAACUAUUAAUUCAAAUUGCAAUUAGACUGCUGUCAAAUUACUAGUUACUAUAAUACGUUAUAGCUAAUUUGAAUUUGAAAGGGUUCACUUUUUUUUGAGACACACUGUAGAAAUACUAAGUCUGUUUUUCCCAAUUAUUAUUUACAUUGGCAUCUUCAAGGCUGCCCCUAUUGCAAAUGAACCAAACAAUCUGAUGGGGAGACAAAAUGUAUUUUUAAUUAAUAUGUCAGCUUCAGAUGACACCAUUCAUUGUACUCAGUCAGAGAUUGUACUCAGUCAGAACCGCAAAACUAUAUAAUAAGAAAGAAAUUGUGAGCAUUAUCGCAGAAUAUUCUUGGGUUUCAUAUGACGUCACAGAAGUGACGGGGGGUCAACUCUAAAACAAAAUACAGUUAUCAGAGUGAGUCGAUUGUUCGUUUAAUUUAUGUAUUAGUCUUGUGUUUGGUGGCAAAUACAUGGAAUUUCAUAUCAUUUUCUCACUCCAAUACAGCAUAUUAGCAUCAAUUGACCCCCCAACAGAUUCACUGCAUAAUGCCUUAGUGAAACCCAAGAAUAAAUAGCAUACCCUGAAAUGUAUUCCAUGACACAGCCAGGUGAAUGUAUGAGUACAAUAGGUCGGUAGGAUUAUUUCAUAUUAUGUUAAAGAUGCUGUACAGUCCGAUCUGAGCAUGUGCACAAAGGAGCCCUCUUUUAUACAAACAGUUACGUUUAUUUAGGUUUUAUUUCGUUUUAUGUUCUUGCAAAGCUUGAUUGUUGUGUCUUGAUAAUUUAUUAUACUCUAGAAUCAUGAAAAAUAAAUAGUUCUCGAAUAAAAUUCUAUAUUUUGGAUACCGAAAUGUAAACAAAGCCUUUGUUUACAUACGGACUGUACUGCAUCUUUAACAAUGGAGAUGUCUCAGAGAUAAACAGGCCAUCAGGCAUGCACGAUACCCGGCCUUGUACAAAAGUCGGUUGACAUGCUAUUUGCAUGUAACUGCUGGUAGCCUGGUAAGUUAAUAUAUACAGACAACAAUCCCCACACUGGGUUGCAAUAGGAAUCUUAUUCAAUAAUAUAAAGCCUGAUUCAGAUUACGUGCACAAGUAACAGUCCGCGUUUGUGUUUAAAACGUGCUGAAAGCACCAUUGCUAUAAACAUCUAAAAUGAACACUAUAAACUCAUCGCCUUGGCACAUCGCCACACAAACAAACUUAAACUCAAAGUGCAUUUUCACUCCUUGUAUAUAAAAUUAUAAGACAUUAUUGACAUGAAAUCAAAUGUUUCAAUAGUCAAUACCUCUGUAUCGAAUGCUAAACAGCAGAUCUAAAUAUAUUAAAUGCUUUCAUGUAUAUCACCAAAAAGAAAUAACGCCAUUCUUACCUGAUUUAUUCUUUGAUAUUCGUUUGCAAUCCAACAUAUAAACUCGUAUGGUCUCGUAUUAAAAGUUUAAAACUGCUUGCACAAUACAAAAUAAAGUUUGACCGCCCCCCUCGUUUAAAAAACUUCCUGAAGCUUAAUUAUUCCUCCCGGAAAUCAUCUUUACAGACAGACAGACACAAAUCGAGAUCUCGACAAUACAUAGAUCGCGCGAAAGACUGGGUCGAGUGGACUCUGGAGAAACCACCGCGUGUCAAGAAUAGGGUGCUGCCUUCGGCAGCAAUAAACAUGCUUACAAUGAUUUUCAAGAUAUUUUAGUGAGAAUUAUUGCAAAAUUUAAGCACAAACAAAAUCAUAACAUAUCGUUAUAGUCUAGCGCGCGUGUUUUAUACGGACAGCUAAAUUCCAGGAUAAAUUGUUAUUUUUCAAACUUUAAAAGUUAUUCACGGCACAUAUUUCUGUUGUGAUGGUUUGUAUAGUGCUUUAGUUUGUAUAUCUAAGUUAUCUAGCUCCCUUUUGGUCAGUUUUGGUCAUAUUAAAUACGAUUUAAAAUGUCUUUUGCCAGUUUGUUUACGUUCGCUAUUUUUAGCAGUUUUUGUGACAUAAAACUGACAUUUGAGUAAGAGUAUUUUUCAGGGAGGUCGCGUAAUUUUGAAAAUGGGUGUAAUUCGGGGGUUUUCUUUUUAUUAUAUAAAACAAAUAGGUAAGAUUUUGCCGCUGUCUGUUCAGUUAUAGAUCAGUAUGACGUCAUAAUGUGGGAAUAACUGAAAACGAGUCCUUCCAACAUUAUGACGUCAUACUGUGUAUCUAGAGACCUUACGAUUUUAGGACUGCAACGUGACGGCAACGGCUACCAAUACAAUAGAUCAUUGCAAAGAAUUGAGUAAUUACAAUAUAUGAAUAAUUUAGACAUUGUCCUCGCUCUGUUUACAACGCUAAAUCACAGAUUUUCACGUCUUGAUACAACGGCUGCAUUCCAAGUGCAACUACAAACUGAGUUUAGCAGAACUCUUCCCAACCAUAAAACAGAUGUUUUCAACUUCUUAAACUGUAUUAAAUUCAUACGAUUGAUAAUAUACGACGAACUAUCUUUACUACCAUUUAUUUGAAGGAGUUUGUUUUGGCCGUCGCCGUCCUAAAAUCGUAAGGUCUCUUCUAUAACUGAAGAGACAACGGCAAAAUCUUAUCUAUUUGUUAAUAGCAUUAUUAUCAAAACAGUUUUUUACUUUCAAGCUAUAUUGAAAAGUACCCUUACUAUUUUGUUUCAAAUGUAAUUGUUUGCGACUCUGCAACAAAAAUGUCCAAAUGUGUUGUUUUUUUAUUGAAUAGGAAUCAUUAAACGUGUAUCCCCACCCACAAAUACGUUUACCAGUGACCACCCCUGUAGACUGUGCCACAGAUGUUACAAUUAUUGUAAAAUCUGUGACACCCUUGUGCCCAUGAAAAUUAUGUUUUCUUUUCUCUCGCAGCUCAAAACUAAAUGAAAUUCUUGAAAGCAUCCCAAAAUGCAGGAGAAACAGGUACUGCAACAACAUGUUUUGUUAUAUUAAAGCU